AUGAGCAAACUGCAUCUCAACCUCUCCCGAGAUAAAGAAUACAAAUUACAUGUUUUCAUGCAGGCCUUCCCUUCAUCAAGGCAAUCGCAGACCAGAGACAAGCGUCUGUUUCGACUGAAGCCCAUGGUUGCGAUAGAGAUCCGUAACAUUGAUUCGUAUCGAAAAGUCGCCGUUUAUGAGAAGUUAUAG